UAGUGUCUGUCAAGUGUCACAGCCGUUCCCGUCGGUCGACAGUGUUGCGAGACUCGAAAUCCGGUGAUUUAAUUAGGAAUAACGUACUUCUUUUUUUUAGUAAAAAUUGUGAAACUUUAAGCAAUAAUGACCGACAAGAAAGCGUAUCCGGUGGCACCGCAUCCACCGACUGGCUUUGUCCCCGCGCCGACACAACCUCCAACUUACGGUGUUGCAGGCGCCGCCCCUUAUGGAGUAUUUCCCAAUCAGCCUCAAUUGUACGCGACGCAAGGCCCACCGCCGCCGACAUAUGAUCAAACUCUUACACAUCCUAUGAUGUAUCAACCAAUGUAUGGACAAGGAUACCCUUUACAAUAUUACCCACCAGGAUAUCCCUUGCAAUAUUAUCCGCCGUUAGCUGCGACAACGGCAUACUAUCCUACUAUGCAACCCGCCCCCGUAAGACCUACCAUUAUGGUACCUAACGGUUUUGACGGUACCCGAUUCGACGGCAUCUCGCAGCCGGUGUUGCCACCGCCUCCACCCGGAGUGGCCGCGAACGCUGCACAGCUGGCCGCGAUGGCCGGCCAUAGUGUGGCCCUCUCGCAAAAGAAGGGCUCGUUCCUAGGAGGAGGAACGGAAGGCGGUUAUACCUUUUGGUAAACCACCAAAAACCACCUUUCGUAAUACACGUACACGCAGAAAACAUACACUCAUGUACACGCCACAUUAACUGUCGGAAGCGCCGUAUUGUUGAGACGACGAGAUUACGUAGAUAAAUUUCCGUUAGAGUUCUGCUUUUCUCAUCUCUAGCAGUUUCAUCGAUAUCUAUUAGUAUAUCGUGUGCGCGGACUGAUCACACACACAUACACGCACACACAAACACACACACACACACACACACACAUACACACAAAAUAUAAAAUACACACUUUAACAUGAUACUAAGGCAGCAACCGUGAGAGUUCCCACGCGAUUCAUGUACGGCGAUAUUUGCGAUCGAUAGAAGCGAUCCAAUGAUCUCAAGGACACCGCCGCCGUCUUGGUGAUCGAUCUGCGCCUCUCAUGUACUGUUGAACUGCAGAAAAUUGUCCCGGCCGAGGAAGACUCGGACAUGGCGACGCUCGUCGAACAUCCUCAAAAACUAAUUCCUCGAAAGCUCAUCAUUCUAUAGAGAAGUCGGGAGACAGUGAGAGAGCAUUGCGCGAGUUCGAAGGAUCCGUAAAGAUCCGAAAACUCUGUGAAAGCCUGAGAUCCAAGGUACCAAGAAUCCACGAUUAUCGACGACUCGAAGAAACACUCGUUAAUUAUAUCAUAGAUCUGAAAAUUUCAAAUUCUUAUGAUCCAAAUUUUCAAGAAUUCGAAAGGUCUCAAAAAAUCAGAUUCAUUCGUCACAAUUUGUUGAUUAUUAUACCGAAGAAAAUUUAUAUC